AUGACGACGUGCUCCAGCUACGACGAUGUGCUCCAUAGGUACAACAUCACCGUGGACCAUCGCAAGCAGGCGCCGCGAGCGACGGCUUCUGCGUCUCCGGCGGCCACAAGCAAAGGCGUCUGCAUCUCCGGCGGCUGCAAGCAACGGCUUUCCGUCGUCUCGUUCGUCUGCCCUAGGAGGUCGCAGACGUCCAACUAUCUUCGUCGUCUCGUUCUUGACAUUCGUCCUCCGUCGCCGUCGCUGCACCAUUCCGCCAUACGACCACCACCGCUGCCUUGUUCCACUGUCCCAUCGCCGAAGGCGUCUCUGUGUGACGGCGGCUGCUGUUCGUUGGGAUACGGGGCGUCGGCAGCAGAUGACAGCGGCAGUGCGGAGGAGAUGGUCACAACGACGGGGAUGGUGGCGCGUGAUAUGAAGAACGUUACUAAUGGAAAGAUGGGAAAAUAUAAGGGAGAAAAGAAAACCAAAUCAUGUUGCGUAACUCCACCAUUACUUAAGAUGUAA